GGGGGCAGCACUUACAACAGCGCCUCCUUUUCUCCCUCCAGCAAACACAAUGCAAUAUCAACUUCCGAUCACCAGCUGGCUCGCUGUCCGUUAAACGUUUUUGCUCAGGGAUUUACUGCAAAUUUUACUGAGUUAUAGCUGCCGGGUUAGACUGUUAAACCAGUCAGAGAUGUCAGCGAGCUCCAAGAGAAGACGAGCCACCUCUCCGUCCAGCAGCGUCAGCGGCGGGGCUGACUUUGACGACGGCUCGUCUUCCACUCCUGGGAGCGGAAGAAAAAGGAAAAGAACCUCAAAUAUUCCACCUGUGGAUACAAUUGCUGUAUGUCAUGAACUGUUCAAUGCUGUCAGGGACUAUAAGGAUGAUCAGGGGCGACAACUUUGUGAGGUUUUCCUUCGGGUACCAAAGAGGAGGAAUCAGCCUGAUUAUUAUGAAGCCGUUUCCCAGCCCAUCGACAUGACGAAGAUCCAGUACAAGCUGAAGUCAGAGGAGUAUAAUGAUGUGGAGCAGCUCACUGCAGAUUUCCAGCUGAUGUUCAACAACGCCAGAUCCUUCUACAAGCGUGACAGCGAGGAGUACCAAACGGCGUGUAAGCUGUGGGAGGUGUAUCUGCAAUCAAGGAAUGAGUUUGUGCAGCCCGGAGACGGAGAUGAGGAUGAUGAAGAUGGGGAUGAUAUGGGGGAUAAUCCAGGGCUCUCUGCUGAAGAAGAGACGUCAGGCAGCAAUCUGAAGGAGGUUCUUGAGCAGCUUUUGGAGGCCAUCGUGUCCCAGGCUGAUACCUCAGGGCGACUGGUCAGCGAGCUUUUCCAGAAACUGCCUUCUAAAGUGCAAUACCCAGACUACUACGCUAUAAUAAAGGAGCCAAUAGAUCUGAGGAUGAUUGCUCAGAGAAUACAGAUUGGACAUUAUAAAACUGUCAGUGCUAUGGCGAAGGACAUUGACCUCAUGACCAAAAAUGCCAAGACUUACAAUGAACCAGGAUCUCAGAUUUUCAAGGAUGCUAACACCAUAAAGAAAGUAUUUAUUCAACGAAAGACUGAACUUGAACAUGCUGAACCUACUAAAUCUAGCCUUCGCAUCAGAAACAGAAGAUCUGGCCAGGGCGACCGCCUUUCCGGCGUUUCUGUUGCUCUGCAGUACGGCUCAGAAAGUGAGGACGACCCUGUGCUGUCAGGCUCCGUGUGCUACGACGAGGAAGAGUCGGAGGCUGAAAGCCAGAGUUCAAGUAUGGAGAUGAGCAACCCAAUCUUCCAGUUGUAUGAAGCUGUGAGGGGGGCCAGGAACAGCCAGGGCCAGGUGUUCGCCGAACCCUUUCAGCAGCUGCCGUCUCGCAGAGAGUAUCCGGAUUACUUUCAGCAGAUCAAACAACCCAUUUGUCUGCAGCAAAUCAGGGCGAAGAUGAAGAGCGGCGAGUAUGAGAGCGUAGAGCAGAUCGAGGCGGACCUCACUUUGAUGUUUGAAAAUGCAAAGCGAUACAACAUGCCCAACUCGAGCAUUUACAAACGAGCUUUCAGGCUCCAGCAGAUCAUGCAGGCUAAAAAGAAGGAACUCCUGAGGAGAGACGAUGAAGAUGGAGACAGCAUUUUGUCGUCUGACACAGGAAGCAUCAAAAAGAAAAGCCACAAAAAAAAUGUCAAAAAGAACCGAAUGAAGGCCUUGUACGCUGCUGUGACGGAUGCCAGAGAGGCGCGAACCAAUCGCCGCCUGUGUGAGCUUUUCAUGUUCAAACCCUCCAAGAAGGACUACCCCGACUACUAUAAAGUCAUCCUUGAGCCCAUGGAUCUGAAAACCAUCGAGCACAGCAUCCGCGCUGAACGCUACGCUACAGAGGACGCCAUGAUGGAAGAGAUGAGGCUGAUGUUCCGCAACGCCCGCCACUACAACGAGGAGGGCUCUCAGGUAUAUAACGACGCUGACAUUUUGGAGAAGAUUCUGAACGAUAAACGGAAGGAACUGGGUCCGCCACCUGAAGAGGACGAGGUUGGAUCGCCUAAAUUGAAACUAAGGAAAAGCGGCGUUUCUCCAAAGAAAUCCAAAUACCUCACCCCUCUCCAGCAGAAGCUGAAUGAGCUCUAUGAUUCGGUGCGAAACUUCACUGACCGCCGGGGUCGACGCCUCAGCACCAUCUUCCUCCGUCUUCCAUCUCGCUCCGAGCUGCCCGACUACUACGCUGCCAUCAAGAAACCCAUCGACAUGGAGCGCAUCCGAAGCCAUAUGGCCGCAGGCCGUUACCAAGACGUGGACGCUCUGGUGGAGGACUUUGCCCUCAUGUUCAACAACGCUUGCAUGUACAACGAGCCCGAGUCUCUGAUCUACCGAGACGCUUUGGUGCUGCAUCGGGUAUUGCUGGAGACCCGGAGGCAGCAGGAGGGAGGGGAAGACGGAGGAGCCCCGGCUGUGGGUCUUCUGGUGAGGGAGCUCAUCAGGAACCUCUUUGUUUCUGUAAUGAGCCACCAAGACGAGGAGCGCCGCUGCUACAGCGACUCACUGGCUGAGAUUCCUGCUGUGGAUCCUGCUGCCCCUGAAAAGCCGCCCCUCAACCUGGACAUCAUCAGGAUGAACGUGGAGCACGGUCGCUACAGGAGGCUGGACGUCUUUCAGGAACACAUGUUUGAAGUGUUUGAGAAGGCCAGGAGGAUACACAGGACAGACUCUGAGAUAUUUGAAGAUGCAGUGGAGCUGCAGCACUUUUUAAUCAAGAUCAGGGAUGAGCUAUGCAAGAAUGGAGAGAUCCUCAUGACCACUGCGCUCAACUACACCUAUAAACACUUACAAAGUGAUGUAGAUCAGGAAAAGAGGGAGAAAAUUCCCAAAGAGAUUGAGGAGGAUAAGAAGAAAGCCGAAGAGGAGCAGGAGAAAAACAAAAAUAAAGAAGAAGGAGCAACUGAUUACGUUCCGGGAGAACCAUGGCAGCCAGAUCCGGAUCUCAUGUAUGUCCAGGAAUGCUCCUUUGACAACGUCACCUACAACGUGGGUGAAUUUGUCUAUGUGGAGCCAUCAGAACCAAACCUCAAGCCUCACAUUGUCUGCAUUGAACGUCUGUGGGAAGACGAAGCUGGUAUGAUGUGGCUCUACGGCUGCUGGUUCUACAGACCAAGUGAAACUUUUCACGUGGCUACACGCAAGUUUCUGGAAAAAGAGGUCUUCAAGAGCGACUACUACAACAGAGUGCCCAUCAGUAAAGUUCUGGGCAAAUGUGUGGUUGUUUUUGUGAAGGAUUACUUCAAAAUGCAGCCUGAGGGUUUCACAGCUGCAGACGUGUACGUGUGCGAGUCCCGCUACGCCGCCAGAAUCAAAAACUUCAAGAAAAUAAAGAUUUGGGCCGUGCCGGAGAGUCCGGUCAAGUUAGUGCCCCGGGAGGUGCCUCUGCCCGUCGUCCGCGUGGCCUCCAUGUUCGCCAAACCCGACCUGGAUAAAGUGUUCUUGUCGUAUGCAAACUCUGGCAGUUUUGAGGAAAAGGAACGAGAGGAUGUUCCUAUGGAGAUAAAUGGAGCUGAGCCAGGCUGCCAAUACUAUGAGCAGUUAUGCUACAACAACAUGUGGUUUAAACUGGGUGACUGUGUUUACAUUCAGUCACAUGGACUGUCAAAACCCCGGGUUGCCAGGAUUGAGAAGCUGUGGUUGCAGAACGGAACCACCUUCUUCUUUGGACCCAUUUUCAUUCAUCCUGAGGAAACUGAGCACGAACCCACAAAGAUGUUUUACAAGAGAGAAGUUUUUCUGAGUCACCUGGAAGAAACCUUGCCCAUGACUUGUGUCAUAGGUAAAUGCAUGGUGUCCUGCUUUAAGGACUACCUCUCAUGCAGACCCACAGAAUACUCGGAGGAGGGCAUCCUGCUGUGCGAGAGCCGCUACAUUGAGUCGGAGAAACAGAUGAAAAAGUUCAAGGGUCUGAAGCGCUUCUCCUAUUCUUCCAAAGUGGUGGAGGAUGAGACUUACUAUUUCAGGAAACUCAUUGUGCCACAGAAGGAAGCUUCACCCUUUUUGGACAAGAAGAUCGACGAGCUUGAAAUCAAACUGGCAGACAUGGAGGAUGCAGACGAUGACAUGGAAGACAUGGACGAUGACGACGACGCUCCCGUGACGCCUUCCAUGCCUCAAAUGCAAAACUCUCUAUCAAGUGACAUGGACAUUAUGCCGUACACACCUUCCCAAGCCACUCCAAAGGUGAAGGGCUUGUCAAAGAAGGAAGGAGCGAAGAGGAAGAUGAACAUGAGCGGCUACAUCCUUUUCAGCAGCGAAAUGCGGGCCGUCAUCAAAGCUCGACACCCAGACUUCUCUUUCGGGGAGCUGAGUCGACUAGUGGGCACAGAGUGGAGGAACCUGGAGGCUUCCAAAAAAGCAGAAUACGAAGAGCGUGCCGCUAAACUAGUGGAACAGCAAGAACGCGAGAGGCCGCCCCAGAAGCAAGCUUCCCCUCGAGCAGGUACCCCUGUGGGGGCACUGAUGGGGGUGGUGCCUUCGCCUAGCACUAUGGGAAUGAUAAACCAGACCAUGCCACCUGUGUCAGGCAUGAUGGGAACUUACGGCUCACCAUACAUGCCCAUGCAGGGCCCUCACGAGGGUUUGCUGAGCGUGGCCCAAAUGCCACCUCACCCUGCAGGGCUUCCUCACCUGCCUCCUCACCAUCUCCACCAAGGUAUGCCCGGGUACCCUGGCAUGCCUCAUCAGGGUAUGAUGGGUUCUGUGAUGAACGGCAUAGCAGGAAGCCCUGCUCAAGGAAACUUCAUCCAACAGCCUGGGAUGUUCAGCCCAGGACAGCACGCUCCGCCCCCAUACCCGGGGCAGGGCCAGCCCUCUCAUUUGCAGCCAACCACUCCGAUGUUUGUGGCACCACCACCAAAGACACAAAGAGUGCUCCACUCAGAAGCAUACUUGAAGUACAUUGAGGGAUUAAAUGCUGAGUCGGCUACUGUCAGCAAGUGGGACCAAACGCUCAAAGCUCAAAGGCGAGAUACUCACCUGACAAAGGAGCAAGAGAGUCGACUUCCGACCCACUGGCUGAAGAGCAAAGGAGCUCACACCACCAUGGUGGACGCAUUGUGGCGCUUGCGUGACUUGAUGCUAAGGGACUCGCUUAACAUUUGCCAGACUUACAACCUGUAACCUCUUAGAAAGACCUGUUCACCUCAGUAAUUAUUUUAUCCUCAAAACACGGAGUUGUAGGCCAUAGAAGCAAUACUUUAUAGUGAGUCUUCAUUGAUUUUUAUAUUUAUUAGCUUGCGUAAUGGGCUUGAUAGUUGUGUGUGCUUUUUUUUAAAUCUCUUUUACACUGUUUUUAUUGAAAAUCCAGCAAAAACUGAAUUGUGGCUAAUUGAUAUAAACAUAAUAAAAUUGUUCCUACCUAA